UUUUCGCCUCACACCUGGGACUCACCUGUGUGCAAAUCAGUGACUCUCGUGGCAGCAUGUCCAAUUCCACGCUGCUGAAAACGCUGGAGGACCUGAGCUUGGACUCGGGUUAUGCAGCCGGGGACGCCAGCCUGUCCACCUCCAGCAGGUCGGGGCGGUCUCAGCCGCAGGUCAGCGCUGCUCGCCGGGGUUGGUGGUGGCAGCAGACGGGCUCCAUGUACAGCAGGAACGGCAGCUGGGACACGGUGAGCACGCUGCCGGAGGACGCGGCGGACACCCUGGCCAGGUGUCCCUGCCUGCCGGAGCUGGAGGAGCAUCCCUGGACGGAGCGGGAGCUGCAGGACGUGCUGCACAAAGUCUCCCGGUCCGACUCUUUCACCCCGGACGCAGUCCACAGACUGUCCGCCCUGCUCCGGAGAGCUCUGGUGCGGGUGUCCCGGGAAGCGCAGCGGCUCAGCGAGCUCCACAGGCGGUGCACACGCGUGGAGGUGCAGAGCGCCGUGCGGCUGGUGCUGAGCUGGGGUCUGGCGGAGCGCUGCGUCUCCUCCGCGGUCAGGUCCGCGUCUCUGCUCUGCAUGAACUCCGGGGACACCGCGCGCCCGCGGGGCGAGUCCGCGCGCUGCGGGCUCGUGCUCUCCGUGGGCCGCUUCUUCAGGUGGAUGGUGGAGACACGCGUGUCGGUGCGCGUGCACGAGUACGCCGCAGUCUGCCUCGCGGCUUUCGUGGAGAGUUUGGCGGAAGAGGUGGCGCGACGCGCGCUGCGCGUGCCCGGAGAAGAGGCGCGGGGACGGGCCGGCGGGGCCACCUGCUGCCCGGUGACCGUGGAGCUGCUGGAGGCAACGGUGAGCAGCGACUCGGAGCUGUGGGGGCUGCUGCAGCCCUACGAGCAUCUCAUCUGUGGGAAAAACGCCAGCGGUGAGCUGACUCUGCCGGCCCACGUCAGCCCGUACACCAAGGUUCCCGAGGAGCCGAUGGAGAGCAGGGAGGACGCUUACGUCCAGCUGGAGCUGAGAACAUUGGAGCAGUCGCUGCUCGCCACCUGUGUGGGCAGCAUCAGCGAGCUCAGCGACCUCGUGUCUCGAGCGAUGCACCACAUGCAGCGCCUGCGAAGCUCGAGCCCCUCCGUCUGCGGCGCUCGCCCGGCCCAUCGGCCCGCGGUGUCGUGGGCCCCCGCCGCCCUCCGCUCUCUCUACUACUUCCUGUCCAGCCCACAGAUGGAGUCGCUGGAGAAUCCCAACCUGGAGCCUGCGGCGGUGAUGCUGAGCAGAGAGAGGCCGUUCCUGCUCCUCCCGCCUCUCAUGGAGUGGAUCAGGGUUGCCGUGGUGCACGCCGAACACCGCCGCAGCUUAUUGGUGGACAGUGACGACGUCAGACAGACGGCCCGCUUGCUGCUCCCAGGACUCGACUGUGAGCCCAGACAGCUGAGGUCCAAGUGCUGUUUCCAGGCCCUCAGAGGUCUGGAUGCUGCUGCUGCUUCUGCCAAGUUCCGGCUGGAUUCGGGCUUCCGGAUGCUGUCGUGUGGCCGAGCGGAUCUGGUCCAACAGGCCGCGCAGCUCCUGGGGCCGGACGGCGUCAACACCGUGGACGACCAGGGAAUGACGCCCCUGAUGUACGCCUCUGCAGCAGGAGAUGAAGCCAUGGUGCAGAUGCUGAUCGACGCCGGAGCUCACCUGAACCUGCAGAUCCCCGGCUGCUCCGCCAGACACCCGUCUGUAUAUCCCGGCAGUCGGCACUGGGUGGCGCUGAGCUUUUCUGUGCUGCACAGUCACCUCUGCGUGGCGCAGCUGCUGCUGGAGGCCGGCGCCGACGUUGAAGGUGGAGUCCUGCUGGACGGACAGGAGAGCUCAGCUGAAACGCCGCUGCAGCUCGCAGCCGCUGCAGGUAACUACGAGAUGGUGAGUUUGCUGCUCAGCCAUGGAGCGGACCCCCUGCUCAGACUGCACCACGGCACCUCGCUGACCCCCCCUCUGUUUGAGGACAUGAACUGCUUCAGCUACGCUGCGGCUCACGGCCACAGGAACGUCGUGAGGAGGCUGCUGCUGCAGCCGCCACACAGGAAGGAGGACAUCCUGUCUCUGGAGGAGAUCCUGGCUGAAGGAGUGGAGGAGCCAAGCCGUCCUGCAGCAGCGGAGUCUCUGAGCGUCGCUCCCCCGCGGUCUAAAGCCACCAUGAAAGCUCUGCAGCAGGCGUCGUAUUACAGCGCAGAGCACGGCUACCUGGACGUCACCAUGGAGCUCAGAGAGAUGGGCGUCCGCUGGAGGCUGCACACCUGGCUGGAGUCGCUCCGUAGGGCCCAGCAGCUCGGCAGGUACGAAGUCACGCUCUGCCUCCUCAGCGACUUCCCCUCCAUCAGGACGGAGGACUACAGCCCUGAGCUGCUCUCUGCAGGGAUCCCGCUCCUGUUCGGCAUGUUGGAGACCAGCAGGGACUACGAGGUGACGGCGCGCCUCGCCUCGCUGCUCUCCCACUGUUACGGCAGCUCGCCUGUUCCUGCUGUUCCACCGAUGGACGUCGCUCUGUCCACCCAGCUGGAUGUCCGGUUCCUGAACAGCGAGGAGAUGUCCGACGUGACGUUAAUGGUGGAAGGACGGCCGUUCUUCGCUCACCGGGUGCUGCUGAUGUCCGCCUCUGAAAGGUUUCGGCAGAUGCUCGCCGAUUCUCCAGACAACAUCAUCCACGUCGGUCACAUGACCUACAGCACCUUCCAGAUGGUGAUGAGGUCUUUGUACUGUGGAGGAACCGCGGGGCUGAAGAUCGCUCCAUCAGAAGCCAUGAAGCUGCUGCCGGUCGCCUUUUUCUUCCAACUGCGCGGCCUGCAGAGGUGCUGUGAGACGGCGCUGUCCCAGAGCCUGACCCCGGAGAACGCCGUGAGCGUCUACCUGACGGCUAAGCAUCACGGCGCAGCUGAACUCUGCAGGUUCUGUGAGGGGUUCUUCCUGCAGAAUAUGGACCGGCUCCUGGACAGAGAGGACGUCCAUCGCCUGCUGCUGGGCGGGACGGCUAAGGAGGCGAAACCUUCCGGACCGGGACAGGACCAGAACCAGAACCAGAACCACAGCCUGCCGGUUCUUAAGAACCUGGAAACGACGCUGAUCCACAGACUUUACAGCCUCCACGCCGCGUGCCGAGAGUAGAAGUUCUGCCCAGACGGACCGGGACCAUCUCUGCUGGGUGAAGGUGACGGAGUAGAUGCCGUUCUCCUUGGUAGCGCCGGAGCUCUCCGUGUAGGUGAUGUCCACCUGGAACUUAACGGGCUUCUGGAAAACCGUGGGCCCGGCCGUGGACUUGUACUCCGCCCGGAAGCUGGUCUGAGAGAUGACGCUGUGGCUCAGGCUGGGAAUCUGCAGAGACGGACACACACACACGUAUUUAACGUGUUGAGACAUUACGCAGAGUCAGCGUCUACUUGGCUGGACACGGACAGACUACAGGUUGGGUCUCAGCUUCACAUUAGGUUCCCCUCAGACUGCUGACAGAAAGCUUCCAGCUCCAGGAUGGACGAUCAACAGAAGGAUCAUAAUGUUCAGGGCAAACAGGGGCAGCUUGAAGCAAUUAUUCUUUCAUUUCUUUAUCCUAUCUUUGUUUGAAGAAUACCUGAAUAGAGUUGUCCUCAGAAAAGGACCUUAUCUGAAAUUUUAGGACUACAACUGAAUGACAUUAUGUAGCUUUUAUCAGUAACUAAAACCACAACAAGUCUUGGUGGUCAGUCACCGAUUUAAAGUCACUAUCAAAUUGCUGCAUUUUCAGUUCAAGUUUUAGAAUCAUAGUUUAUUUUUUAAGGUGUGUUUUGACUUGAUCUUUUUUACUUCACAAAGUUUUCUUCUACCUUCCUGUCUUGUCGGUUGUGUGUAUAAUUGCUUCUUAUUGUUGCUACAACUAUUGGCUGCAAACUAAUUGACCUUCAGAGACCUAAUAAAGUUUAGGUCCUACCUUUCUGAUAGAA